AGGUGCGUAUCAACAAUUAAAAUUUCGAAUGAUUGUGAAUAGAGUUCUAAAAAUUAAUACUUUGGUUAAAAAUGAAUUUUUAAUAAAAUAAAAGAUGAAAAGGUUGAAGCGAUACUUGCCGUUCAUAAAUUUUAUAAUUGAAAAAAGACCAGAAUUACGUGAGAAAUUUAUUGUUAUUAAAACUUCGAUUACAACAGAGUUAAGGGUCUCCAUUCAAGUUAUAAAAAAUUCCGAAAAUGUGUUUUUAUUCCACUACAACAACCUAAAAGAAGUGUUUGCAAUUCCGGAGGAAAUAAAACAAUUGUUUGAGAUAACACAAUAUGAUUUAUCGUCAGAUGAUGAUAGCGAUGUUGAGAUAAUCGAAGAUAAUACAUUAGAUGAAGCAUGUACACUGAACAAACCGGAUGCGGUAGCACUGAAUCAGAAAGAAAACGUAAAUAUCGGAGCUAAAGGUGCAGAUGCUGUGUCAAAAGAUAAAUGUCAUUUACAAAAUGAAAAAGUUACUGCGUGCCAACCGGAAGAACCAUCUGAGGUACCACCAAAACAAGACAAUUUUAAUGUCGGAGCUGAAUGUUCAGGCACUAUUUUAAAUGACAAAUGUCUACCGAAAAAGGACGUAAUUAACAAAAAUAAUGACAAAGUGACUGCUUGUAGACCGGAAGAAGCGUGUGAUGUAGCACUGAAGAAGCAAAAGAACUUUAAUGUCGGAGCUGAUGUGUCAGGUGCUAUAUCAAAGGACAAAUGUCUCCCGGAAAACAUAGUGAUUAACAAAAACAACAAAAAACUGACUGUAGUGUGUAGACCAGAAGAAUCAUGUGAAGUAGUUCCGAAGCAGCAAAAGAAAACCGAAGUUAAAUGUACAGGUGCUAAAUCAAAAGAAAAAUGUUUUCCACAUGAGCCCAAUAAGGUAACUGUGUACCAACAAGAAACCUUACAUGUUGGAACUGAAUCUGUAGACUGUACAUCAAAAGAGACACCUGUUUCACAAAACGAAGAAGGGACUGUUACAGUCAGUAGACCGAAAGAUUCGUGUGAGAAGGGACCAUUGAUGCAGCAAGAUAAGUUAAAUACCGCAGUUGAACAUGUAAGCGAUCUAUUAAAGAAGAAAUGCUUCCCGGAAAAUAAAAUGUUAAAUAAAGAAAAUGAAACAUUUAAUGAAACCAGUUCAGAUAAUCCGAAAACAUCUGAUAAUGAACCCUUUUGUGUUGAAAUGAACCAAGUAGACUCUGUUCUGGCGAAAAAAAAUUCAAUAGGAAUUGAAACAAUAGUUUCUAAACAUGAUGUUAAUACUAAGAAACAUGAUUCAGAUACUUUUGCCAACAAUAGUAGCUUAUCUAAUAUUAGAGCUGAUGAAAAUUUGAAGGAAAUGAACUUAGUGAACUUAAAAAAUUAUUUUACUAAAUUGUCUAAUACUAUCAGUAUUGGACAAGAAGAAAUUAAUAAUUUUUGUUUAGCAUUCAAAAAAUCUAAUGUUCCAAAAAUCAAUAUAAGAGAUCCACGAAUAAAUAAAUUAUAUGAAAAAACGUCUGAAAAAUUGGUAAAAGACAACAUUCUUAAUAAAGUACAACAAACAUGUGUUCCAUCUGAAGAUACUCCAGAAAACCCGACCAAAACUAACAAACACACUAGCGGAAACAAAGCGAAUUCGGAGGCCACUAAGAAAAAACAUUCAAAAAAGAGUGAAAAGAAUAUAAGUUUAAGGGAACUUCUAUCUUUAGAGUGUACUUUUAAAGGAUUUAAUGACAACAAUUACCUGCAGGCAAGAAGUCGAAAGAGAAGAUCAAGUAUAUGUGCUCGCUCUGCAAUUGCUCUACAAAUUGGCAAUAUUGAAACUGAAAAUAUAAAUAAUAAUUCGAAUGAAGACUUAAGUGAAUUAAGUUCUUUCAAUCAAAUCCCACCUAAACGAAGAAAAACUGUUGAUUCGAUAGAGAACAAGAGUGAUACAUCAGAAGAAUUAAGUAAAAAAGGCCAAGAAAAAGAAUCACUACUGAUGAAAAUGACGAGUAGAUCGUUUGCAGAAGAAGUCCCGAAGAAUACCAAUAUAAACUUUGAAGUGGCAAAUACUGAUAUUAACAUGACUGAGAAAAAUACUAGAACUUGUGUACUGUGCAAAUCUAACGCGCAUAAUUUAACGAAUCAUUUCAUAAGAAACCAUAAAGCCGAAUCAUAUACAUCGCGUUUAACAGUUGAAGAAAUAAAUGAUUUAAAAUCUCCUUUAACACUCUCAGAACGAAGUUAUAAACUUGUGAAUAACAAAUUCCGAAUGCCAUGCAUAUUUUGUUAUAAAUACAUAACAAGCACACGUCUGUAUGAUCAUCUUUCGACGCACACUGGGGAAUACGCAUACCAGUGUAGUGUUUGUAAAAUGCAAAAACCAUAUCGUAAUGAAGUCGAAAGCCAUCAACAAAGUGCAAAAAAUUGCAGAAAUUCCAGAGUUGGAAUUCUUUAUCGUUACCCUAAAAACCAGUUAGUUAUACAUAUGUACGGUUGUAAAAUAUGUAAUUUUGUACAACUCAACGAAGCUAAUGUACUUAGACAUUUGCGCGUACACCAUCAAGUAACUGAAUCUAAUGGCAAUAUAAAUCAAAAUGUUUCAAAAUAUAUAUUGGCUGUCAUAAAACUUGAAGACGAGAACAUUCAAGUCCAUAAUGAAGCUUGUGGUGAUGUGAUGGAAUCCGGCGAAGAAGACUUGGAUAUGAUAUUUGAAGAUACCAAAGAAAAUAUUUUAUUAUUAGAUCAAGUUAAUGAUCUUCCAAGAGAGAACACUUGCUUACAGGAAAAUAACUUAGACCAACAGUGCAUGAGUGAAGAUACUAAUAAUGAUGAAAUGGCUAGUUCCAGUACAAAUGAUUCGCUAAGCAAUUUAUAUUUAGCCAAGUACAGAAUUUAUAAAUACCAAGACUAUUUUGGAUUAUAUAAGUGCGUAAAUUCAGAAUGCUUUUUUUCAACUGAUUUAAGAGAGGAAAUGCUCAAUCAUAUAAAUGAUCAUAUCCCUAGUAUCAAUCAAGAAAAUGGAUUUGAGUGUUAUUAUUGUUCUAAUCACAAACACUUAAGUUCAAUAAACGCUUUAACCGAUCAUAUAUCUAUCAAACACAUAUUCAGUCGUUUUCAAUGUCCAAAGUGCAGUUAUCGAAGUUAUUCGCCAGGCAGUGUGUUAAUCCAUUAUCAGAAAAUUCAUGGUGACAACGAAAAUGUUACUGUGUAUGAAUGUUAUGGGAAAGUUAUUCCGGUUAUUAAUAGAAAGCCUUACAUGAUAAAUGCCAUGAUGAAUAAUGUUCAAAAGCUAGCUUGUUCACAUUGUGAAAUGAGUUUCUAUGCUGUAUCGUAUUUGGAGCAACAUUUACUAGCAGUUCACAGCAAAGAAAGCAAAUGUAAUGACUAUCCAAUGUAUGCGUGCAUAUAUUGUGGUGUAAACUUUUCAAAUAUCAAUCACAUACGAGACCACAUUGCAUUAGAACAUCCUGACGAAUUAGUUUACGCUUGCGAACGUAUAUUGCUAGCCGGAUCUAUGGAUGAUCUUUUGAAAAAUUUGAAAAUGUCUGAUAUAUCUCUACCGCUGAGUUCAGAGAAUAUAAUAGUUAAGAAGCAAGAAAAUAAAGUGGAUAAUCAGAUAUCAGAUAAAAGCGAUACAAAUAAAUCAGAAAAAAUGGUUUUAUUGGAGAAUAUAAAACCAAGUAAAGAAGAUAUUGAAAAAAUUCAUAUCGAUAUGAUAAGGCCAUUGCUGUGGAAAAUAACAUCAAAGUCUGGAGUUCCGCCUGACAGAAUUUUUUGUUGCAGCAAGUGUAGUGGGAUAUUUUUAACUUAUCAUCGUUUACAUUGUCAUUUGAUUAAAAAUCAUUCCUCGUGUAUUAUGUUAUGUCCACAUUGCAUGGUUAAAACGGAACUAGAUUUCACACAAUCGAAGGAUUGUGAAAAACAUUUAGAACAGCACAUAAUGCAUCUAUGGUUAUGCUUUCAUUGUGGCUACACAUGUAAGAAUGAGUCGGAUUUGCGGUCUCAUGCAAUGAUGGUACAUGAAGCGGAAAAUAAUGAAAUAUUGGAAGAACUUCCUUUAAAUACAGUAUUCUCGUUUAAAAUUUAUGUGAAGAAAGAAUUGAGUACGAACCGCUUAGAUUUCCUUAUAGAGUUAAAAAAAAUGUUAGAAGUUCAUUUAAAAGCAAAACAAACAACAAUUCCUACAAAAUGGAUUCUAAGUGCAAACAAUCAAUUUAUAGAAAAUUUUCCAAAGUAUUGCUAUACGGAAAAAUCACUCAAAGUUUGUUUUUUUAAAAAUUGUCCAUUCAAAACAGAAGACACUGAUGAACUAUUUAAGCACAUUAACGCAACCCACCAAUUUACCAAAGCAUUGCAUUGCUCGAAGUGUGUUACUAACAUUACCAGUAAUGGUGGUUGGGAGGAAUUUGAAGAACAUUUCAAAUGUCAUUUUAGCAAAUUGUAUGUUUGCUGCUUAUGCAAUUAUUAUAAUUACGACCGUCAAUGCGUAAUAACUCAUAUAAAAACGGAACACAGUCAACGUGACACGAUACUCAUAACUUUAAUUAGAUCUAAAAACAAUACUCACAUGGGUAUAACGAUAGUGUUGGGCAAAAAUAAAUUAAAUGUGUCUUCAUUCAUCGGAUGCUUUGUUGAAAAUUGUGAGGAAUCGAAUUUAAUACCUAACAAAUUUGUUACACAUUUGAGUCAGUCUCAUAAUAUUCAGUUGCAGUAUUUCUGUGAAAUAUGUAAUGAAUAUUUUCAAUGCUUCGAUGCUUCAGAAAUUCAUUUUAAGAGCAAACACAUGUCGGAUCAAUUCGCGGUUCAACUGGAAUUAUCUACAUAUAAUAACAUAGAUUUGGUAUCUGGAAAUCCAUUUAAUCUAAAAAUCAACAGCAACGAAACACUCAACUUGGCUAACACCUUGGCGCUUAGCAAGGUGAAAGAAGAAGUUAUUGACGCAGAAAUUAAUAAUUUACUUACUCAGCUAGACGCAAAUGAAAACAAAAAAAAUCCUAUAAAAUGUAUUGAUAUCAAUAAGUUAUUAUCAAAUGAGUCAAAAGGAUGUCCCUAAUUAAAGCAUCAAAGGUUUUUUUUAAAAUUAAUUUUUUCAUUUUGAUUUUGAUCAGUCGUAAGAUUCUUUUUACCCAAAGUUUAUGGAAAUAAAACUGUAAUAUAUUUACUCAUCUGACAUAAAAUGUAUGAAUUUGUUUCACAAAGUGAAUCCUUACGUCCUAUAUAUAGACAAAUUUAAACGUAAAUAAAAUAUUUACAAAACUAAUUAAUUAAAAUGUCAGAAUGUUCUUAGUUAUGUAUAAUUUAAU